GAGCGUGGACGUUUUUAGAGACUCAAUUUAGACAGCUCCAACUUUUUUGAAAUCUUCUACCCUGAGUCUUUUUUCAUCUCUUCGCUGCAAUUGACUUUUGUAUAUUUUCCUCGCCAUCAUAUCAGCAUCUCUCCAGAGGAAUGGAGGGGUUGAGUGGGUGCAAUGCAACUUUAUUGAACAACUCCGCAGACAAGGGGUUGUUAAAUGAACACAGCUCCUUCCAGCACCUGAAACCUGAGGAGCUGAGGGUCCUGGUGCCGACUAUCCUGGGACUCAUCUGUAUCUUGGGUGUGGCUUGUAAUAUCACUGCAAUGGUCAUCUUGUUCUCAAACGCACACAAAGGCAAACUGUCUCUCAUCAACUCCCUGCUCUUCAACCUGAUGUUCGCUGACGGCCUGGUGCUGGUAUUUGCGAUGCCUUUCAAGGCUGCCUUCUACUCCAAGGGCAGCUGGGAUCUGGGCUGGGUUGUGUGCAAGACGGCGGACUGGUUCCUCCAGUCCUGCAUGGCCGCAAAGAGUUUCACAGUGGCAGUCUUGGCCAAUGCUUGCUACCGCUAUGUGUCCAACCCCACUAAGCAGGUGAGCAUCCACAUUGGCUCUAUCCUGGUGGUGCUUUUCUUCAUCUGGGUGUCUGCCUGCUCCGUCACCAUGCCUCACUGGUUGUUCGCGACACUGCAGAGAGGAAUCCAUGAGUUGGUGUGUGAGCUGAUGGUUCCUCCUGAAGCCCGGUACUUCAUGGCAGUGUAUGUCAAAGCUUACCCCCUGUUGGUGUACUGUGCACCUCUCAGCUUUGCCCUGAUGUUUUUCUGGAAGGCUUACGGCCAGUGCCAGCGCCGCUCCAGUAAGACUCAGAAUCUGCGCACACAGAUCAGGUCCAGAAAGCUCACGUUGAUGUUAUUCAGCCUGACUGUGGCUAUGGCUAUUCUCUGGCUUCCUCAGUGGGUUGUGUGGGUUUGGGAGCGUCAUAUUACAGAAAAAGAGAUUGAAGGAGCUCAGCCUUUCCUCUCCUCUCCUCCCCUCCUUCUCAUCCUCUCAGCUCAACUUCUCACCUUCUCUAUAUCGCUGGUGAAUCCUCUCAUUGUCCUCUCGCUCUCUGAAGAGUUCAGAGAAGGCUACAGGGGGCUGUGGAGGCGCCUCACCCUGCGCAAACAACUUCCACCAAAACCAUACCCUGGACCACACAACCCUACCUCUCUCCAGUCGCCUUGCCCCAGACCAGAGACCUCAGUCCAGCUACGAGGAGAGAGCUUCAGCACAGGUUCUGGCAGAAAUGCUCCAUCUCAGCCUGAACAGAGCGGAGGACGAGGAGGACGGGGAGAGACAGACGUAGACAGGGUCAGCCUCAAGGACGGGAUUGUCUUGUCUGAUGUGGAGCAGUUCUGGCAUGGGAGGGAGACGGGAACAAACGCAGGUGAAAAUGAUCCGGUGCCGUGGGAGCAUGAGAGCAAAGAGGGCAAAAAAUAAUCAUCGCCUUCCAUCUGAUCGUAACAUUGCUUUCAUUAAAUCCUCAGACAGCAGCAGACCUCAUCUCGGUACUACACCAUUAAUCACUGGUUAUGUCAACUGUGUGCAUGAUAUUAUUCAAAGGUAAGAGAAGAGUCAGUGUGUGCACUACGAAUAGAGCAGUAUCAUCUGUAUAUAAGAUAUUUUUUUGUUGUUAAAUGAGGAACUUAUAUUGUUAGAUUAUAUAUAUUAUACUGGCAUAUACUGAAUUAACAAGUUGCAGAUAUAUUGUUGUAUUUGAGCAUUGAUUGCUGAUGCUCUGAGAAAUGUUUUCAUUUAAAAAUGACAUUGUAAUUUACGGCACAGCAUAAAAUGUGUUUGCUAUGCCAUGUAUCAAACAGUAUAUAACCACUUUCAUGACACAAAGUGAUGUGAUGUUCUGCAGUUUGUGUGUAAAUGUGACAGAACCUGUCGCUCCUGUCAACUUAUUUGUCACUGGAUCAUUUGAUCAGUGUUUCCCAAUAAAGACAAGGCUCAAUACGUUCAA